AUGGCCACAAACUCAACGCUAUUUUCACCUCGUGUUAUUAGCUUAGUUGUGUUAACAUUGCAGACUACUAUAUUUGUUUUAAUUUUACGUUACUCUAGAACUAGUCAAGCUGGAGCAACGCGUUAUCUAUCAUCAACAGCAGUUCUAUUAGCUGAAAUUGUCAAGAUUAUUAUUAAUAUGUUUAUGAUACACUAUAAUAAUAACUUUAAUUUCUCCAAAUCGAUUUCAAACAUUAGACGAGAAAUUUUGUCAAAGCCAUUAGAUACUCUUAAAGUAUCGGUACCGGCGUUAUUAUACACUGUCCAGAACAAUUUACUAUUUUUAGCCUUAUCAAAUUUAGACGCUGCAACUUAUCAAGUAACCUAUCAGUUAAAGAUAUUAGCAACCGCGAUAUUUUCUGUUAUCUUGAUGGGGAAAAAAUUGAAUCCUUUAAAAUGGUUUGCUUUAGUGCAGCUCACAUGUGGAAUAGCUUUAGUUCAGUUAGCAACUAAUGGCCAAUCGUCUAAAUCAACGUCAAAUGCUCAAGGAUCUCCUACUAUUGGAUUGAUUGCAGUUUUAUGCGCUUGUUUAACUAGCGGAUUCUCAGGAGUUUACUUUGAAAUGAUCUUAAAAGGUUCCGCAGUCUCGCUAUGGAUGAGAAAUUUACAACUUGGUGGAUUCUCUAUUCUAUGCAGUUCCCUCGGCAUUCUUUUUAAUGAUUGGCAUAUUAUUAGAGCGAAAGGCUUCUUCUACGGUUAUAACUAUCUAACCUGGAUUGUGGUAAUAUUACAAGCAGUAGGUGGUUUAAUUGUUGCUAAUGUUGUUAAGUACGCUGAUAAUAUCUUAAAGGGUUUUGCUGCGGCGGUAUCGAUCUUAUUGAUGGGCUACAUCUCGUGGAUUUGGCUGCAAGAUUUUACACCAACGACCAAUUUUUUCGUUGGUACUGGUUUCGUUAUUACUUCAACAUACCUGUAUAGUCUUUAA